GUGCCGGACGGCAGGGCGGCUUCAGUGUGUUCCCUGCUCCCGCCGAUCGGGUCGCGAUCUGCUGGCCCCGCGUCCACGGCGGGCACGGCUCCCGUGACGCACCGGCGGCUACGCGGCAAGCAGGCCGACUUCAUGGUCAGGACGGCGUUCAUCAGGAUCCACUCCGUUGGAACGGCUGGUACGGCGAUCCCGCCGCGCCGGCGUUUGAAGGGCAAGCGGGCCGUUUUUUCUGCCGGACCUGGGCAGAAAGUGGCGGAGAGAUUCAGCUGGGUCUGCAAGCUCUGUGACAAGCAGUACGUUCGGACCGACCCCAGGAAGAUCCAGUCCAUCAAGGCGAGCCACCUGUACAUGAAGCACCGCGGGGAUCCCAGGGUGAAGGAGAUCCCGACGCUGUACAUUGCCAGACAGAACGUUCUCGAUCCCACAGUCUUCUCUGACACGGACGCCCACCUGGCCACAGGCAUCCCCAUGGAGGUUCGCACGUGGUCGUGUCCGAUGCCUGGGUGUGAUGUCGCUACCGCCGCCCCGCUGGUGACCCAGCCGGUGCGCACGCGGCUCCUGCAGCACCAUUGGUCGAAGGCACACAAGGACGAGCUGGAAUACGAGAGUUUUUCGAACAAGAGCAUUGGUUUCAAUCAUCCUGCCACUUCUAAGGCCCAGACCCUUAGCAGGAUGGAGGCCAUGUGGAAAGAGCGGACUGUGUCCACAUGGCAUGACAGACAGAUCAACGGCCACCACUUCAAGGUCGUGGAGCUCGGAUCGGCGAUCUGGGGCAAGGAGCAGAACAAGUCCCCCGCGGGCCGGACGCACCUGAACGGAGCGCCGUCGCGGCAACGUACGUGCAUCCAUUGCUUCGGCGUGUGGCCGAUGUGCGUGAACGGGGAGAAGGUCGCGGAGUUCCGGUGCAAGGGUCUGGCCGACGGGGGCCUCUUCUGGCGCACCGAGACCCACCUCUGGAAGUGGCACCACACCACUGAGGCAGACAGGGCCGCCCUCAAGGAGCUUUGGGACCAGGGUCGCACGCCCAUGUCUCCGCAGCAAUGGGAGGCGCUGUCCAAGGCGGCGGACCUGGUCGCACAGACGAGGGCUGCGACGGAGGAGCAGCAGAUCCAAGACCUGGUGAAGCGGACCGUCGAGACCGUCAACGGCCUCAGCGGAGGCGCUUUCACUAAGAAGGCGGAGGCGGCCGCCGCGCCGCACGAGGCAGGCGAGCUCACUCUCGCCACCGCGAAUGUCAGUUCAUGGCAUGAACACAGCCGCGCCCUGCUCAACGCCGUCGUGCAGCACCAGUGCGAUGUUGUCAUGCUUCAGGAGUGUCGUCUGACACAGAUGCAGUUGAUCACUCAGCAGUCUACGCUGCGCCAGUCCAGAUUUACCCUGCACAAAGGCACUUUGGCAGAGGAGGCCGGUACGCGGCUACACCCGGCCGCGAGAGAAUGCGUCGGGGGCCUCUGCUUCCUGGUGCACAACGACUGUCAGUUCCGUCUGAUCGACUCUACACGCAUGGCCGGCGGAGAGGCGGCCAUUGGCGUCGUAACGGCAGGUUCCUCGACCUUCAUCGUGGGCAACAUACACCGACGUUCGGCAUCCUCUGACGCAGAGAAGCUGGCGCUGGAAGAAUGGAUUGAACAGACUUUGGCAGCCUGGCCCUCCGAGCACACCGCCUUCGUGGCCGGCGACUUCAACGAGGUCCCCCACAAGCUGGACAUGGAGGGGAUGUGCGGCGGCAGCUUUCGGGCGGUGGCCAGUGCUCGGCCGACUCGGCGCCAGGGGAGGCGUGUCAUAGAUUAUUUCUUGGCGCGGGCUCAGGAGGGUAUUUCUUUGUGUGCACGAACCUCUGACGUGCCGAUCGCAGACCACUACUUAGUGUACAUGAGCAUUCCUGCUGGUGCGCACGCUCACGAGCGAGGGAAGCAAUGGGAGAAGCCGAGGUCGUACCGGGCCCCUGACGAGGACCAGGCCCGGGAGGAGUGGACAGCGCGGGUCGCCGACUCUUGGCGCACUGACACAGACGCAGCCUUUGCAACGACAGAAGAAUGGUGGGCGUCGUGGACGCGCCGGGCUGAGGGUGCCCUUCGGAGCGCUUCGGACACGCCGUCCUCCAAAGGAUGGAAGCACCAAUCCAAGAUCAGAGAGCGUUCGAAGCCGUCGGACAUCCUGCCGGACCACCUGCAGCUCUCGCCCGAGGAGGACAUGCUUCGCCGGUACGUGGCCUUGGAUGAGGAAGCCGGGCGCCAGACGUGGGCGGCGCGGCAGAGUUUCCAGAAGGAGGAGGCCAUCUUGCGCCGGCGGCUCGGGCUUCCUGCUGGCGCCGGGCUUCGUGCGCGCCAGAAGACCGCAUCCAAGCGCCUGCACGACAUGCACCUGCGGGAGAAGCAGGAGCGGCUGGCCGCAUGGCGCCGGAAGCUGAACGACAUGAAGGGCUACGUGUACCGAUGGGUCAGGGGCGCCGCGCACUCGGCCCCGUCGUGCUCCUUCGUCGUGCCCGCCCGGGCGCCAGAGGCGGUGGAGGUGCUGUCCGGCUUCUGGAAGGACCACUUCAGCAGCAUGACCGGCGGCGCAGACCCGCAGGCCUUUUUGAGGGAGUACGCGGCAGAGAUAGACUUCAUGAAGGCACGCCUUGCGCAAGAGCACGGCCGUCUUCCGCUGGAUGCCCGUUCGGCGAUUGAGGAGUGUCGCUUCAGUGCUCCCAACAUCUAUGAGUUGCGCCGGGCCCUCAAGCCCAUGCGUGGCAAGUCGGUGGGGGUGGACCUAUGGAGCGCGGAGGAGAUCCUGGCGCUCCCGGACGCCGCUCUCCUGGAGCUCGCCGACAUGUGCCUCUACGCUGAGAAGACGCAGUUCCCGCAGGCCAUGGUGCGCUGGCGGCAGGUCCACAUCCCAAAGGACACCGAGAAAGAUCCACAGCUAGACCGUUUCAGACCGAUUGCGAUCGCUUCAGUCGUGUGGCGCUUCUGGAUGCGCUUUCGCACGCGGCAGAUCAUGGACUACAUUAUUCCUGUGUUCCACCCGUGCCAGGCUGGCGGGAUCCCAAGGCGGACCCUGGAGUCCCUUCUCGAUGGCAUUUUGGAUCGCAUCGAACAGGCCCUCGCCGAGGAGGACGGGCAGGUGUACGUCAGGCUCUGGGACUUCCAGGCUGCCUUCGACAGCGUGUCCCCGGCGCUGGUGGCGGAGCUGUGGUGUGCACUGGGUGUAGACGAGUGUGUGGUGACGUCAAUCACAAGCACUUGGAAGAGACAGAUACGCUAUUGUGAGCUCGCGGGUGUUGUCCACCCCACGCCGUUUGCAGUCUCAAAUUCUCUGCCGCAGGGAGACCCUGCCUCCAUGGCUGCGAUGGCCACGUUGCUGGCGCCGGUCGUGUGGCGAGCGGUCAGGUCCUUGGGGGGCCAGGCAGAAGCUGUACUGAGCGUAUAUGCCGAUGACCGUGCAGCCGCUUCAGAGGAUUUCGCCACCAUCGAGUUCAUCGACGGGCUGUGGCGUCGCUUCGAGGCGGUCACCGGCAUGGCCUCCAACCAGUCCAAGCAGUGCAACAUGCAUGUUGAUGGCAGAACAGGCCGUUGGCAGGCCUAUGUUGGCGGCUGGGACGGCAGACGCGUACGCAGCAAGACCGCAGUGACGGGGCCAGACAGCCGCGGCCCGGCGGCGGACGCAGAGGCAGACGAGAAGGAAGAGGCAAAGGAGGCGCAGGAGGAGGAGCCAGAGGCCGACGCAGACGCAGCAGAGGAGUACAAGCCAGCUACAUCAGUCACCUUGCUUGGGGUGGACCUGAUCCCGAGAAGAGAGCUGAGCGAGAGGGAAAAGAAGUCCGUGGGUACAUUUUUGGUUCGCGCCGCGAACAUCAAGAAGCUGCCCCUGGGUCCUGGGAAAAAGACGCAGCUGCUGUGUGGCUCCGCAAUGUCGACGCUGACAUGGAGGAUGCUGACUCGGUGCCUCCCUAAGGGGACCCAGGCCCGGAUACAGACGGCAGCGCGGCACGCAGUGUGCAGUUACCGAGGCAGACGGUGCUGGGGCACUGGUUCACCACACCUUUUGGAGAUGGUGGUGGUGGGUCACAACGCGAACGUGGUGUACGCGCAGCUCCGGCGGCUCUGGGAGGUGUUCGACACCAGGCGGCGCCGGAAGGGCCAUGCAGCAGUCGACCGCGAUCUGCGGAGGUGGCACCAGCAGGGUUUGACCCUCCCUGGGCUCUACUCCGCCCUGAUCCACACCAUGGGCCUGAUGGGCUGGAUCUUGAUUGACACGGAGGGGCCCCAGGGCCAAGACGAGAUGGUUUUCAAACACCAGUUCGACGAGGAUAAUGACAUCACUGCUCGCACCCCGGGCAAGGCCAGACUCCACUUCUUGCGGCGUGCUCUGCGCCAUUCUCAGUGGGAGGCGUUCAAGAAGCAGGAUCGGCGGGAAGCCCGCAUGGCGCAGCAGGAGAAUGUGAGCUUCCCCGACAAGGCGCUGAAGCAGGUGCACACCUCGUUCAGAGCUGGGGUGAACCCGCACGAGGUGGCAGUGCUCGUUGGGGCAGUGCAUUCGGACGCCAGGAACUUCGCAAAUCAGCAUGGUCAGGAUGACCCGAUGCCGAUGUGCACGCGGUGCGCGGGAGGUGAGGCGGCCACGGUCCACCACGACUUCUGGCGCUGCAUCCACUUCGAGCGCUUCCGCACGGGCAUCGACAUGCCCAUCAGCAGCCUGUCCCGGAGGAUGGCCUGGCCACUCUCCCAGGAUGACGCCGCCCUCCGCUUGUUCAGCAGGAGGCUCAAGAUGAUGGCCGGCAUCCGUGCGGCC